CGGAAACCAAAAAGCCGUAUCACCAUUUCGGCAUUACCUUUCUCUCAUUUUCUAUAUAAAUACACUUUCUUCAUUUGUAGUUUCAGUCCUCUAUCAAUGGCUCUGAUGCUGUAACUGUCAAUGCAUUGACUUCCCGUGCCACCAUUUCCACUCAUUAUUAUGCAUUUCACCCUGAUAUGUUUCACAAACUGGGCGCCCAACGCCUGAUAUACCGUGCCCAAAUCUCAAAGUUUGUGAAAGCUGGCCUCAUCGAUCAAGCUGUCCACGUGUUCGACGAAAUGACUCAAUCAAAUUGUCGCGCUUUCAGCAUUGAUUACAAUCGUUUCAUCGGUGUUUUAGUUCGCCAUUCCCGUUUUGAACUUGCCCAACAUUAUUACCAACAAAUGGGCCCUCUAGGCUUCUCUUUAACACCCUUCACUUAUUCUAGGUUUAUUUCAGGUUUAUGUAAAGUCAAGAAUUUUGGUUUAAUUCACAUUCUUUUAAAUAACAUGGAUAGGCUUGGUCUUGUGCCUGAUAUUUGGGCCUUUAACAUUUAUUUGAGUCUUUUGUUUUCUGAGAACCGGAUUGAGUUAGCUUUGGAAGAGUUUGAUAAAAUAGUUAAUAAAGGAAGGGAGCCUGAUGUUGUUACAUAUACAAUUAUCGUUGAUGGGUUGUGCAAAGCAAAGGAGUUUGAUAGAGCUGUUCAAGCUUGGAAACAGAUGAUUGAAAAAGGGAUAAAACCAGAUUUAAAAGCUUGUACAGCGCUUGUUAUUGGGUUGUGUGACGGUGGGAAAAUUGAUUUAGCUUAUGAGUUAACAGUAGGUUCAAUGAAGGGAAACGUUGAGUUUGGCUUGUUAAUUUAUAACACGUUGAUUAGUGGCUUUUGUAGGGUUGGUAGGAUUGAUAAGGCUAGUGCAAUAAAGAGGUUUAUGACGAGAAAUGGAUGUGAGCUAGAUUUGGUUACUUAUAAUGUGUUGUUGAAUUAUUACUGUGAUGAGGUCAUGGUGGGAGAGGCCGAGAAGCUGAUGAAGAAGAUGGAGAAGAGUGGGAUAGAACCUGAUGCAUAUAGUUACAAUCAACUUCUUAAGGGCCUUUGUAAAGCUAGCAGACCAGAUAAAGCUUAUUUGUUAAUGUUGAGUAAGAUGGAGGCAAAAGGGUUAUGUGAUGUUGUAUCAUACAAUACUAUUAUCAAAGCAUUUUGCAAGGAAAGUCGUACUAGAAGAGCUUAUAAACUGUUUGAGGAAAUGAAACAGAAGGCGAUUGCACCAGAUGUAGUUACUUAUACUAUUCUAAUAAAAGCGUUUCUUAGAGCAGGUAGUUCUGAUUUAGCUAAGAAGCUUCUAGAUCAGAUGAUGGGAAUGGGUUUGUUGCCGGAUCGUAUAUUUUACACUACAAUUGUUGAUUACCUAUGCAAGAGUGGGAAAAUUGAGAUGGCUCAUGGUGUUUUUCUGGACAUGAUAGAGCAGGGAAUCACCCCUGAUGUGGUUUCAUACAAUGCCCUCAUUAAUGGACUCUGCAAAUCUUCUAGAGUAAGUGAAGCCAUGCAUCUCUACGAGGAAAUGCAGACCAGAGGAUCACAUCCUGAUGAAGUAACAUUCAAAUUGAUUAUUGGUGGGCUCAUUCGAGAGAAGAAGCUUGAAAUAGCUUGUAGUUUGUGGGAUCAGAUGAUGGAGAAGGGUUUUACUCUUGAUAAUGCAGUUUCAGAUACUCUAAUCAAAGCUAUCCAUUCAGGAGAUGUUGCACAACAUUGAGAAAUGGUUGAAGUUUAUGGUGUUAAUGUUAUGUUCUCUGUCCUCUACUGCAAAGCUACUGAUAUUUUUGGUCUGCAUUAUCUUAUGUUGCCGUGGCAGAUUCUGAAAAGCGGGGCAUUCAGCUUGAAUCUGCAUCUUAUCUGGGCUUCUCCAGGACACACGACCUAAUUUUUAAACAGAAGUGGAAGGGGAUGCUUAUGUUUGAAACCUUGAAAUCCAGAAACAGAGUUGCGACGAAGUAAUCGUCUUUUCCACUCCACCGCCACAACUCCUCUUUUCAUCACCUUUGUGCUCCUCAUAAUCAUCGUCCCUUACAUUACAUUUCAUUUGGCAAUUUAUCACCAUGAGUCACCACCAUGAAAUCAACCCUCACUUUUGCCCACAACAUCAUGAGCCACACCCACCAUCAGGGAUGACACCACCACAGAGUCAAGACCAAAUUCAUCCAACCUCCCCAUGGAUCUGGCCACCAACUCAACGACCAACAAUCCCACCACCAAAGGUGGAUCCUAUGGGUCAAUGGGGGGCAUUGGUACCACAUGGUAGUGCACCAAAGACACAAUCAACCCGUUUACAGGCACAGGAACCUGCACCACGGUUUCCACCCCAAUAUACUGGUGCACAGGCUGCACAACCACCAAAGCAUCAACGGCAUGGGCGCCAACAAAGUCCACUGGAGCGACAAGUACACCAACGCCCGAUUUUCCGUCUAGCACCUCGUCGAACCAAACUACACAUGGUUUCUUGCAGGCUUUUGUGCAUAUCUUUUGGCUAAUCAUUAUUCUAGGAGGCUUAAUUGUCCUAAUAGUCUAUCUUGUGUUUCGCCCACAUGGCCCAAGUUUUGAAGUGUCUAGUGUCACCUUAAAUGCAGCAUAUCUAGACGUGGACGUUUUGCUCAAUGCCGAUCUCACUGUGCUCGCUAAGUUCAUAAAUCCUAACAAGAAAGUAAGGGUGGACUUCAAUUACGUAGUCCUUGAUCUUUACUAUGGAAACACCCUGAUUGCGUCUCAAUAUGUUGAACAUUUCAGAGCAGAAA